GAUGGUAUUACCGAUCUUCCUCUAGAGACUGUAGGGGGCAGCAGCGAGGCACUAGCAGGACAGCAAUGGCUGCCUUGCAUCUGUGCUCUGAGACUCUGAGAGUGUACUGAGACAUACAGUGGUAGGUGUGGCCAGGUCCCAAGAGAUGCUGGCUUUUCUGGCUUAUAGUCUUUACCUCCUGUGUUUUUAGCUUCUCUGUCUCCUGGCUUACUGCCAGGGCAAAGUAGCCAAUACUGUCAUAAAUAUCUCCCUGCAGAAACGGCUGAGAUCACACCCCAUGCCCCUCUCGUCUGCUCAUCUGUGAGCUCCCUGCCUUACUCUGUCUGCUGUGUUGCCACUGCCUGCCUUCUGUUUGUGCCUGAACUAGCUGUCCUCAUCCCCGAGCAAAAACAGACCUUUUCUGCUGCAUUUUGAGGAUAUCUUCUCUUGAUAUUGGUUCCAAGGGUUUUCUGUAAGUCAAAUGAGCAGGUGCUAAUGGAACAGCGGACACCUGGUCCUGUGGGCAGUAGCCCAGUGUGCAGCCUUCCCAGAUCUAUCAGUUAACAUAGAAUCCCUGAACACUUCAGCAUACCUUCUUCUAACUACAAUUGAACAAUCUCCAUCACUUUACUUCCUUGAGCAGAAGUGUGUGGCAGCUGUAACCUUUGAUAGAACUUCUACAAUAUAUUGAUAAUCAAGAUUCUCUCUGAAUCUCUUGUGAGUGAUUGUGCCCAGAGCCUGUGGAAAUCCUCAGAGCAAGAGCAUGAGCAAGAAAAUUGCAUUCCGCUGGUACUUUGGGGGACUGGCUUCUGCUGGAGCCACUUGUGUGACCCAUCCACUGGAUCUGAUCAAGGUCCAUCUUCAAACUCAACACAAAGCAAAUAUUGGCUUUGCUGGCAUGGCAGUGAGAGUGAUUAGCGUCAGUGGCUUUAUGGCACUUUACAGUGGGCUCUCUGCCUCACUGUGUAGACAGCUGACAUAUUCUGUGACUCGCUUUGCCAUCUAUCACUCACUGCGGGACCAUAUAAUACAUGGCAAGAAAAGACACCUCCCCUUCUAUCAGAAGGUGUAUCUGGCAGCCCUGGGAGGUUUCAUUGGAGGGUUUGUGGGGACCCCAGCAGAUGUGGUGAAUGUUAGGAUGCAGAAUGAUGUGAAGAUGCCAGUGCACAUGAGGAGAAACUAUUCCCAUGUGCUGAAUGGAUUCACUCGUAUAAUUAAGGAAGAGGGAUUUUCAACGUUAUUCUCCGGGGCUACUCUGGCAUCAAGUCGAGGGGCUUUGAUGACGGUGGGACAGGCAUCCUUCUAUGACGAGAUCAAGCAAAUGGUGCUCACUUGGCAAAUUUCCUCAGACAGUCUCAGCACCCAUGUUACGGCCAGUUUCAUUGCUGGUUUAUGUGCCACCUUCCUCUGUCAGCCCUUGGAUGUGCUCAAGACUCGAAUGAUGAAUGCACAGGAUUAUGAUGGUAUCAUUCAUUGUGCAUCAGAGACAGCCAAAUUGGGACCUCUGGCUUUUUACAAGGGGAUGUUCCCUGCUGCUAUUCGCCUGAUACCACAUACCGUUUUAACCUUUGUCUUCUUGGAGCAACUUCGAUUAAACUUUGGCAUUCCAGUGAAAAGUGACUUGGGUCAAGAUUGAGGUUCAGCAGAGCUUUUGGACCCGUGUGGCAAAAAUUCCAUCAAAAAGACCAAGAGGGGUCCUUGGAUACUUCUGAUGUUGCCAUUUCAGGAUGUAAAGAAGGUCAUUGACCUGCAUGAUUUCCCAUGUUCUUGGCUUAUGCACUUGGUAUACAAGGACACUAUUACAGCCUUUUAGGGGAAUCUGUGGUGGGUUGAUCCUUCUCCCCUUCUCUCCAUCCUCAACCUACUUAUCUACUCACGUGAGCCUUUCCUUGUAAGCCAAAGUUCCUUGUAACCUAGGGUGGCUGUGAUAUAGACCAGAGAACAAUAUCAUAUUCUGAUGUGAAAAGGUUGAUUUCUGGUAUUCCAGAGUCAAUUAAUAGAGAUAGGUUGGUUCUCAAAAAUAUGGUCUGUCCUGGAUACUUGGUAGGGGGUGCUCUUAACUUGCCCUUCUUAAUGCAUUUUAUUUCUCCCCCACUCCACCCCAUCUUCAGCUUGAGUUUCUGUUGCCCUCAGAGGCUGUGAAGAUUGAAUCUUGGCUGCCAUGAUUGGUCUCAUCACAGUUACAACAUAUUCAGAGCUGCCUUUGACCUGGAGGCAAAAUGUGUGUACAAAUUUGGGUAAUGGGUAGGGGCAGAGAUUGAUGGAGAGGGGGAAUGCAAAACUUAGAAUUGUUUGAAUUUUAAAUACUCACCUGUGACAUUUGAACCACUUUCAUUCUGUAUAUUCUACCAUUAAAUAUAUUUUUC